AGCAAGGUGUCCUUCAUGUUGAAAUUGUCUCCAGAGAUGGAAUCAGUUCCGGGUUAUUGCUUAUGCUGUUACACUUAAGUGGGAAACUACACGUAGACCCAAACGCAGACACACACAUGGGAAUUAGGAUUGGUGGAAACAAAAGCAUGCUUUAAUUUAACAAAGAUGAAGUCAGCAAGAGAACAAGAAAAUCAAAACAAGCCACUGGGACAAAAACUAAGUGGCAACAAAAGGCUAAAACAAAGUGCCAACAGAAGCAAAGUUCAAAUCAAAACAGAAACAAAAAAAAACAAAACAAAACAGAAACAUACCAAAAGUAACAGGGAGACAUGACAGGACGGAACAAACUGCCAAACACGAGGGAGAACAAAGACUAUAUACACAGACACACUAACAAGGGGAUUAGGUAAAGGUGAGGUGAGUGAGGACAGAAGAGGACAGGUGAGGUAAUGAAGAGAAAAAAAACACAGGAGAAACUGAAAAGCAAGACGAGACACACAGGCAUGGUUUCACAAUAAAACUGGAAAUAAAACAUUAAAACCCAGGAUCAUGACAUAUGCUCCCCCAUCGGAAUUGGAUAGACCCCAGUGCUGCCUUCUCCAUUGAGAAAUGCUUCAGUCAUAAGUCAGCCAUGGGUCAUCCUGGGAUUCAGAUGUGGACAUGGACAGUGUGUGUCUUCUUAAGUUGGAUGUGUGUUGGUCGAGCAGCGGCAGGACCGCAGUACAUGGUCGCCAUUCCUGCAGUUCUCGAAGCUGGAGCUAAGACCAAAUUCUGUGCAAGUCUCCUGCAGCCCAAUGAGACUCUGGUCAUGACAGUCACUUUGGUGUCCCAAGAGAAAAAUACGACCCUUCUCCAGAAGACAUCCAGUACAGAGUUUCACAACUGCAUUCAAUUUGAGGCUCCUUUAGUGCAGAAUGAAGUGGUGCAGAAGUUGGAAGUGGAGGUACGAGGCGACACGUUUUACUCAAAAGAAGUGAGAAAAGUCAAAAUCCAAUUCUACAAACCAAGGACAUUUGUCCAAACAGAUAAACCAAUCUACCUCCCCGGACAAACAGUGCAUUUCAGAGUCAUCACACUAGACUCCAAGUUGAGAGCUGCCAGUCAGCUGUACAAUAUCAUUGAAAUCGAGGAUGUUAACAACAACAGGAUUGGACAGUGGCUGAACAAAACAUCGGGCGGUAAAAUACUGCAGCUUUUUUACAACUUGAACUCUGAGGCCCGUGAGGGAAUGUACAACGUUAUUGUAUCAGUUGGUGAAGAAAAAAUACAUCAUAGUUUCAAGGUUGAGAAAUACGUUUUGCCUAAAUUUGAUGUAAAAAUCAAUUCAUCUGACGAGGCAAGUAUUGAUCAGGAGGAAAUUGAAGCUGAAGUAUGUGCAAAGUAUUCAUAUGGCCAACCUGUACCAGGCAGUGUUCAUGUUGAGAUGUGUCGACCUCUUCCAAGCUACAACUAUCGUAUUCCUGAUAAUAUGGACGGUGCCCCCGAGCUAACAGCCCCAUGCCACAAGGAGACAAAGCAGACGGACAAGGCGGGCUGUGCCACUUUCACCUUGAAGAUGUCCACUUUCACAAAACUUGAUCAAAAGAUUUUGAUGGAUGAGCUGGACCUCAAGGCUACAGUAGAAGAGGAGGGGACAGAUAUUUCACACCAAGCACAGGAGAAAAUAAAGAUUUCAUAUGUUGUUGGAAAGCUGUCGUUCAUUGACACACCCAAGAUUUAUGAGCAAGGAUCAAAUGUGGUGGGAAAAGUUAAAGCAGUUUAUUUCAAUAAUACACCCAUUCCUGACAUGCCGGUGUACCUGUUUGAGGGUGAGAGAUGGUCAGCAAAUCGGCUUCAGAAUCUCACAACUGACAACAAUGGUGUUGCUGCUUUCUCACUGAGCACGGCUAACUUUAAAGGAAACUUCCACCUCCAUGUUGGCGACAAACCGACACUGGGGUUUGAUCCUUAUAGAGCUGCAUACUAUGAGAUUGGAGAUCACAUGGUGUCUUUGAUCCAACCUACAACUCCUGAUACUAAAACCACAAGCUCCCUGGAGGUGAAGAAGAAGGAUGCACCACUUCCCUGUGACAGAGAAGAAGACAUCACCAUUAAAUACACUGUAGCUGGAGAGGCACCGGGCUCUGUGGAUGUGAUGUAUCUGGUUUUAUCCAGAGGAGCCAUUGUCAUGCAAGGACUUCAACAGAUCAAGGUGGAAGAUAAAUCAGUGACUGAGGGCGAGGUGUCGUUCAGGUUGAAGGUGUCUGCAGAAAUAGCACCAGACGUCCAGAUUGUGGCUUACGCCGUCCUCCCCAGUGAGACUGUGAUCGCCCACAGUGCUGACUUCUCCACUGAGAAAUGCUUCACUAACAAGGUGUCCUUGGAGUUUUCUCCCUCGUCAGCUGUCCCAGGAGAGGAGACCAACCUGCAGGUGACGGCCCAGCCGGACUCUCUCUGUGGUGUGAGUGCUGUCGACCAGAGUGUCCUCAUCAAGGAGCCAGGGAAGACCCUGGAGGCAGAGCAGAUAUUUGGGUUGUUGCCUGUCAGAACAGUAUCCCAUACUCCAUAUGACGUUCAAGAUCCUGUCGAUUGUCUGCAUGUGAGACCUAGAAGAUUCAUUCUGCCUUAUCCUCCUGACUUCAGUGACAGAGAGGACCCUCAUACAGUUUUCCAGAAUGUAGGGCUGAAGAUGGCAACAAACUUGUUCAUCCGAGUACCUUCAUGCCUCAAAUACAGGGGAAGAGAAUACCACCAUGGUAUUAUUAUGAGCUAUGACAGACUGGGUGUGGCUGUGGCACAGAUAGGUUUGGCCGGCCCUGCUGAGGGAUUUUCGGGACGUUAUCCCCCAGUUACUUCACCAAUAGAGACUGUCCGCACUUUCUUCCCCGAAACCUGGAUAUGGGACCUGGUGGAAGUUGGAGAGUCUGGAACGAAGGACGUGCCCUUCACUGUCCCAGACACAAUCACCACUUGGGAGACAGAGGCUUUCUGUUUGUCCCCUCAGGGUUUUGGCUUGGCUCCUCGUAAAGAGAUCAAGGUGUUCCAACCCUUUUUCCUUGAGCUGAGUCUGCCUUAUUCCAUCAUUCGGGGGGAGCACUUUGAACUCAAGGCAACCAUCUUCAACUACCUGUCCAGCUGCAUCAUGGUCACUGUGACUGCAGCUCCCUCCUUAGAUUACACCCUCACCGCCCUCUCUGGUGACGAGUACACAUCCUGUCUGUGUGGCGGUGAGCGCAAGACCCUCAGCUGGACCAUGGCUCCCUCAGCCUUGGGGGCUGUGAAUGUAUCUGUGACUGCUGAGGCUGUAGCAUCCCACGCUUCAUGUGGCAACGAGAUUGUGAGCGUGCCAGAAAGAGGUCGUAUUGAUGUGGUCACACGAUCUCUCAUUGUAAAGGCUGAGGGAACUGAGAUGAUGAAGAACUACAACUGGCUGCUCUGUCCAAAAGAUGAGACUUUGACAGAGGAAAUAGACAUAGAACUCCCUGAGAACAUGAUUGAUGGAUCUGGCCGAGCUACACUAUCAGUCCUGGGUGACAUUCUGGGCCGAGCCCUGAACAACCUGGAUGGGCUGCUGACGAUGCCAUACGGAUGUGGUGAGCAGAACAUGGCACUUCUGGCCCCGAACAUUUACAUCCUCCAGUACCUGAGAAAUACACAGCAGCUGACCCCAGCUAUCACAGAGAAGUCUAACAACUACCUGACCAGUGGCUACCAGAGACAGCUGAACUACAAACAUUCUGACGGUGCUUAUAGCACAUUUGGAGCAGGAGCAGGGAACACUUGGCUGACAGCUUUCGUGCUCAGAUCUUUCGCCAAAGCCCAGUCUUUCAUCUACAUCGACCCAACAAAGAUUGAGCAGUCAAAGAUUUGGCUGGAGCGAAAACAACGUGAAAACGGCUGUUUUGAACAGUCAGGAAAACUCUUCAACAACAGAAUGAAGGGUGGAGUGUCUGAUGAAGUGACUCUCAGUGCCUACAUAACUGCUGCCUUCCUGGAGAUGAAUACGUCUGCAAAUGAUGCCUUGGUAAAACAGAGUCUGUCAUGCCUCAGGGAGUCCAUGAGUGACCUCAGUAACACCUACACCACUGCUCUGCUAGCAUACGUCUUCACCCUGGCAGGAGACAUGGAGGCUCGCGCUCACCUUCUGAAGCACCUAGACACUGUUGCUGUAAGACAAGGAGGUUUCCUCCACUGGUCUCAGACAGCAGCAGAAACGUCAGCCUCUCUGUCUGUGGAGAUCAGCUCCUAUGUGCUGUUGGCCAAACUCAGUGCCUCUCCUACUGCUGAAGACCUGGGUUACACCACACCGAUUGUCAGAUGGCUUACAGGGCAGCAGAACUACUACGGAGGCUUCUCCUCCACACAGGACACAGUGGUGGCUCUUCAGGCUCUGGCUCUCUACGCAACUCUGGUGUUCAGUCCAGUUGGUUCUAGCACAGUGACAGUCCAGUCUCCCAGUGGCCAGCUGACAUUUGAUGUUAAUCAGGACAACAAACUGCUCUACCAGGAGGAGGUGCUGAAGUAUGUGACAGGAAAGUACAGCCUGGAGGUGAAGGGCACUGCAUGUGCUUCAGUGCAGAUUUCUCUGCACUACAACAUCCCAGCUCCUUCUGAUGUGAAUACCCUCAGUGUGGAGGUUAAACCAGAGGCUGACUGCACCCUCAAGAGACCCAAACUUACUCUGAAGCUUAAGUCCCUAUACAGUGGAAAGGAGAGCACUACUAACAUGGUGAUCCUGGAUAUCAAAAUGCUCUCAGGGUUUGUCCCAGACCCAAAGUCUUUGAAGAGGCUCAAAGGUGCCCAGCUGGUGGAUCGUGUUGAACAAAAGGAAGAUCACGUUCUCGUGUACUUACAGAGGCUAACAAAGGACAUUCUUAUCAACCACACCCUUGAGAUUGUACAGGAGCACCCAGUGCAGAACCUGAAGCCAGCUGUGGUCAAGAUCUAUGACUACUACCAGACAAGUGACCAGGCUGAGACAGAAUACAGCUACCCUUGUGUUGCAGCUUGAAGAGUGAUGUGUAGUCUGUCCUCAGGUGGUCGCUGAUUCCAUUAUUAUUUAAUACAGUUAUGAACUUUGUGUAAUUCCAUGUCUGUUUUCUGGAAUUGUACACAUACAGUCAAGACUUAUUUGCUUGUUAAUGAAAGAUGUGCACAGUGGACAAUCAAAUAAAGUGAUAUAAAUCUCGACCUUA